UGCGCUAAAGAACACUAAAUACAUGCAGAUUGUAGGAUAUAGGAUUAAUUGCAAUUCUUCAUGAAUCGUGAAGUGUAGGCUAGGCUAUUAGAUCGAUUCAAAUACCAUAAUAAUAGACCCUACCUAUGAAAUAGGUCAGUGAGACUGUGAAACUUUCAUUUGUCCAUGACCACAUUGCCCAUGAUACUUUCUAUGUUAAAAGAAAGGAGGCAUGUGUCUGUGUGACUGUGAGUACAAUUAGUGAUUUGAUUUGUAUGAGUGGGUAUAGCUUUCAAGAGUUUCUGCGCCCUUGCCUGGACUCAGAUUACGUACAGCUAUUAAAUCACGCUGGGAGGGACUUCACAUGGGAAUUAAUUACUGUAGAGAGCUCUCCUGGUGACGCAACUGAGAAACACAAAACUCAAGACUUGCGGAGAAGUUUAAAAAACGGCACCUGCACUGAGAAUUUGCGCUCCACCAAUACAUACCCCUGACUUUUUCAUAUCAGUCAAGAGAGCCACAGACAGGAAACUACAACGAGGACGGCAUUGGAACUUGCAUCAUGUUGGGCAGGAGCAAGAAAGCUCCUACCGCCGUGCACCAUGAACCCAAGGCUGUGGAAUCCCAACCCAAGUCGCAGGACCCAUUUAGGUAGCUGGGUAAGAGAAUAGUGACUCUCAUUGGUAAAAAAAUAAAAAUAGACCCUACCUAUGAAAUAGAUCAGUGAGAUUGUUAAACUUUCUUUUGGCCAUGACCACAAUGCCCCUGAUAGGCUGCAAUGUUAAAAGAAAGGCUAUAGCCAGGCAGACUAUAUGAACAUGUGACUGUGGGUACAAGUGAUUUGUGUUUGUGUCAGUGGGUAUAGUUUUCAAGAGUUUCUGCGCCCUUAGCUGGACUCGGAUUACGCACUGCUAUUAAAUCAUGCUGGGAGGGACUUCACAUGGAAAGGGAAUGAAUUAAUGUAGUGCGCUAUCCUGGUGACGCAACGGAGAAACACACAACUCAAGAAGAGUUCAAAAACGGCACCUGCACUGGGAAUUUGCGCUCCCCCAAUACAUACCCCUGACUUUUUCAUAUCAGUCAAGAGAGCCACAGACAGGAAACUACAACGAGGACGGCAUUGGAACUUGCAUCAUGUUGGGCAGGAGCAAGAAACCUACUGCCGUGGACCAUGAACCCAAGGCAGUGGAAUCCCAACCCAUGGCGCAGGACCCACUUAGGAAACUGGGGGUGCUGGAUGAUGAGGAUGUCCGUACAAUGAUGCACGGUUCCAACAUGGUGAAGGUACGCUCCCAGAGGUGGCAGAAGAGCCGCAGCCUGCGUCUGCUGGAGGACGGGGUCACCGUGUGGUGUGAGUCCACCAAGAGCUCCCGCAAGGCCAAGGCACAACAGACCUUCUCAGUGACAGAGGUGGAGUGUGUGCGUGAGGGCUGCCAGUCUGAGGCUCUGCGGAGACUAUCCGGGUCAGUACCAGAGAAUCAGUGCUUUACGGUGGUGUUCAGAGGAGCCAGGAAGAGUCUGGACCUCCUCUGCUCCUCUGAGGAGGAGGCGAGGCACUGGGUCCGAGGGAUACGCACGCUGAAGGAGCGUGUGGCCAACAUGACCCAGAAGGAGAAACUGGACCACUGGAUCCGUGGCUACCUGAGACGGGCUGAUGAGAACGACGAUGGGAAGAUGAGUUACGACGAGGUCAAACGCCUCCUGCAGAUGAUCAACAUCGACCUGAAUGAACAGUACGCACGCUCGCUAUUCAAGAAAGCUGACCGGUCAUGUGACGGCCGUCUGGACCACGUAGAGAUCGAGGAGUUCUGCAGGGAGCUGAUGAGGCGGCCGGAGCUGGACGCCGUGUUCAGACAUUACUCUGGUAACGGCUGUGUUCUGUCCACCGCUGAGCUGAGAGACUUCCUGGGAGACCAGGGGGAGGACGCAUCACUGAUCCACGCUCAGAGCCUCAUCCGCACCUACGAGCUCAACGACUGGGCCCAGAAGAACCAGUUCAUGACCCAGAAUGGUUUCACCAUGUACAUGCUGUCCCUGGAGAACGAUGUGUUUAACCCCGACCACGCCCGGGUGCACCAGGACAUGACCAGACCUCUGGCCCACUACUUCAUCUCAUCCUCACACAACACCUACCUCACCAAGGACCAGGUCACCAGCGCCAGCAGCGCCGAGCCAUACAUCAGAGCUCUGAACCAGGGCUGUCGCUGUGUGGAGCUGGAUUGUUGGGACGGGGACAAAGGAGAGCCUGUCAUCUACCAUGGACACACCCUUACUUCUAAGGUGCCCUUCAAAGAGGUAAUCGAGACCAUCGCCCAGUAUGCCUUCAAGGCCUCCCCGUACCCCCUGAUCCUGUCCCUUGAGAACCACUGUACGGUGGAGCAGCAGACGGUCAUGGCCAGACACCUGCGCACCAUCCUGGGCAAGAGGCUGCUCACCAAGCCCCUCAACGACCAGCCUCUGAAGGACCUGCCCUCUCCUGAGGAGCUUAGGGGUCGUAUCCUGGUGAAGGGGAAGAAGGAUGUUCACCACCUGAACCAGCUGGGGAAGACCAGCAGCUUUGAUACCAGCUCGGACGACGAGGCAUCAAGCAGCAACAAAAAGGACAAAAAGGACCCUGCCAAGGCGGUCUCAUCUAAGCUGAGCCCAGAGCUGUCUGAACUGGUGGUGUACUGUCGAAGUGUCCCCUUCCGCGGGUUCCAACACUCUACCCAGAAACCACCCGAUGAGAUGUCAUCCUUCAAUGAGAAUGACGCCCUCAAACACAUCAAGGACACAGGAAAGCUGUUUGUCAGACACAACAGCAGGCAGCUGAGCCGGAUCUACCCCUCCGGGCAGCGCCUCCAAUCCUCCAACUACGACCCCCAGGAUAUGUGGAAUGGCGGCUGCUCGAUGGUGGCUCUGAAUUUCCAGACUCCAGGGGAGCAGAUGGAUCUGAACCAGGGCCGUUUCCUGCCUAACGGCCGCUGUGGAUACAUCCUCAAGCCCAGCUUCCUGUGCAGCCCCAGCUCCAACUUCAACCCAGAGAUCACAGGAGGCGGGCCAGGACACAUCCCCACACAGCUCACCAUACGUAUAAUAUCAGCACAGCAGCUCCCUAAGAUCAACACAGACAAGCCCAACUCCAUUGUGGACCCACAGGUGUUGGUGGAAAUUCACGGGGUGGCCAUUGAUAAAUCCAGAGACAAAACCCACCGAAUCGACAACAAUGGUUUUAACCCACGCUGGGACAGCACUUUGAGCUUCCAGCUGCAGGUCCCUGAGCUGGCCCUGGUACGCUUUGUAGUGGAAGACCAUGACCACAAAGCCAAGAAUGACUUUGUGGGCCAGUACACCUUGCCCUUCACCAGUCUCCGUACAGGUUACCGCCAUGUCCACUUGCUGAAGGCAGAUGGCUCCAGCCUCUCUCCUUCAACCCUUUUCAUCCAUGUCAAGGUGUCCCGUAAGGGGGUCCCCAUCAAGACUGUGUCUGAGCGCAUGGCCUUGGCUAAGAGUGAGGGCAAAGCAUGACCCCUAUCUACCUGAACCAGUGCCACACUUUUCUGAUAAGCCCCAUGCAUAUCUCAUCUUGGGGAGGGAAAGUCUCCCUAAUUGGGGUGAAAAGGACAAGCUGCUGCCUGCCUAUGUCCUAGUACUCAUCUCAUACACCCAAUUUAGAAUUGGCAGGACAUAUAGGGCUCCCUGGCUACAGAGAGGAAGACAUCAGUCCUCCUCAGUCAAACCUGGAUGGGAGUCUUGCCUGUUGAUGAAUAGUGUUGGCUGGGAGAGAAACUCUCUGGCAUGUUGCUGUUGUGAGAGUAUUCUGUGCUCUGUCAUCAGUGCAUUCAGUGUUUCCAUAGAGACAUGACUUUGGCGCUGACCUGUUUUACACCAGAACUCUAUCUACUAUGAAGCCAAUAUAGUUUUUUUUUCUCACUCAAAGCCAGGUUUGUGUCCUGGAGUCCCUGGAGCAGAUCAUGAAGACGUUUCCCAACAUUUUUAACAUAUUUAAAGUUAAGAAAUAUGGAACUUUUUGCUACUUUUAGCUGAUGUGUGGUGAGCGUUCUGGCACAAAAAAUGGUCACCGUGCAUCACCCAGGUGGAUGCCGCGCAUUGAUGGUGGAUGAGGUGAGUUUCCCCCUACUAUGUAAAGCUCUUUUGAGUACCUCAGUUGGUAGAAAAGCACUAUAUAAAUCCAAUCAAUUAUUAUAACUUUUUUUACUAUUACAGAAUUUUAUAGAAGCAUUUUUUCAGGGCAAGACUUGUAGUUGAGCUCCUUUUUCCAGGACAACAAUAGUGUUAUAUGACUAAAUUUCAUCGGUAAAUGAAGUCUAGUUGUUGUGGUAUUGGUCUGUCACGCCUGGCAUGGCACAGUCCAAAAUACUGAGUGAAUGCCUAACCUUAGUGACAAAAUGAAUACAUUUCAACACUUAAUGUUUCUGUAAUGUGUUUGCAACAAAUUGUGUUUGUUGCAAUUGAUGAAACACACUUCUUUCAGUGUGCAAUUUCUGAUAGGAGUUUUUAGAUUAUAUUUAACAUUGUUGUAAAAUGUUAUAGUCUAAUGUAGUUACAGUAUUCUAAUUAUCUCAGUAAAAUGAAUUCAUUUGCAUACUGUAUGUACUUUCUCUGACACUAACUUCCUUUAGCUAAAUAAAAACAGCAUCAAAGUCACAGAGGGUCAAACCAAGACUAAUGCAAUUGACCAUGAUUAUAUUGUAUACAUAUAAUUGAAGUAUUAGCUUUCAUGAAUUUCCAAGGUCAGUUUUCAUUACGAAGCAGUAAUCCACAAUGCACUAGUAGAAUGUAUUGUUACUGGACUUUAUUAUUUGUAUUCUUUCCUCUGUUCCUCUAAAUUUAAAUUCAAAGUCACUUUAAUUUUGAAAACCGGCAAAUGGUUUUGACAGUUUACAAUACUGUAUUUGCCUUAUUUCAAUGGAAACAGCUGUUAGUAUUCUUUCUUAUAGUUGCUAAGACAGUAUAUGCGUACCUGUUUACCUCAAUGUCUCUUCAGUUGUGUACUUUGUUGUGACUUGUAUCUGUGGGCAUCAGAUUCAUAUGGGUCAGUGUUAAAUCCAGCCACCAAAUCUGAAAGGUCUCCCAGUCCAUUUAACAACAAAAAGCACUUAAAUCCUAACUUUGAAGAUGGUGCAUCUUUAUAGUACUAUAGAAACAAAUAAUUCCCCUGAGCUUCAGGGGCAAUAUUAUCAUUUACAUUAGUAUACUAAGUGACAUUAGCACAGUAUUUAUUUGGCUGUUUGCUUCAUUCAUCUCACAAACUGGUUUGUAUUGUACUGAAUGAGAAGAGAGUAAUAUUAUUGUAAUACUAAGUGUGAAAGCCUAGAGAAGCAUGUUCAGUUUUUAUAAAAACUAUUUUAACCCCA